AUGGCGGGUGGUAGAUCCAAAUCGAAUGAGCUGGACCAUGAAGCCAGUUCCACCUUGCUAUUCAAGAACGAUGACUCCUUAGAACCGUACCAAAUUAUCGACGCAUUCACUGUUUGCUUCAAACAUAUACUCGAUUCACCAGAGUUGGAUUCCUUCAUUCAAAAAGUAAAGAGCCACUUGUACAAUAGAGACUAUAUUGCUGCUUUUGAUGAUGACAAUAAGAGAUUUGGCUACGCGUCGAGAUGGAGCCCGUCUAGGGCAUUAGCUUACGCAUCGUUAUUCUCUAGCUUGCUUCCAGUUAAGGAGAUGUUGCAAGAGCCAGAAAAUGUGAAACGAGUGUUGUGUGUCGGUGGUGGUGCAUCGUCAGAGGUGGUGGGAUUGGGUGCAGUAUUUUGCAGGCUUAAGGAGUAUCACCCCAAUUCUCCCUCUCAAUUGGAUAUCAACGUUGUGGACAUUGCUGACUGGAGUACCGUGGUUAGCCACUUAUCCACUUACAUGAAACAAAAUUGGUUGCACAAGGAACACAGUUUGAAUACGCGGUUUGUAAACGAGGAUAUAUUGUCGGCAAAGAUAGACGAUUUGGCAACCCUCGAUCUAGUCACAUUGCUCUUCACUACCAAUGAAUUGUUUGCCGAGAAACGAAAGGAGACGAUAAAGUUCUUACAUACCUUGAGUAACGGUUGCAAGAAGGGUAGCUUGCUAUUGAUUGCUGAAAGUGCCGGUUCUUUUUCUCAUAUAACUAUAGGAAACAAGCAGUUUCCUGUCCAAUUUUUAAUCGAUACUAUCCUAGUGGGUAAACAAGGUGAAGGGAACGGUCCUUGGGAAAUUAUUUCUGAAAACGAUAGCACAUGGUAUAGAAUUAAUGAAAAGGAAGUGGCGUACCCAUUAAAGUUGGAAAAUAUGAGAUUCUUUUAUAGACUAUACAGGAAAAAGUAG